AUUAAUUUCGUCCAAAAAGAAAACAUUGCAAUUUAGGACGGCGUAAUUAAGAAAUUAAGGGACUAAGUAAGCUGAGCUGGCAGUUACCGACCGGUAUAACGACCAGUCAAUCGAAACCCCAAACUAUGUAAUUACAGAAAGCGAAGCCCAUCCUCCAUUCAAGAACCUAACAAGAACGUAGUAUAACAAAUUAAUUAGAGAUCACUGCCUGCACCCUCUCCUCCUCCUCCUCCUCCUCCUCGAGAUGAACGAUAUUGCUCGGUCCAUCAGCAGCACCGGCCUGCAGCAGAUGCUGCAGCUGGCUGUGCAGAGCGUGCAGUGGACUUACAGCAUCUUCUGGCGUCUCUGCCCACGGCAAGGGAUUCUGGUGUGGGGAGAUGGCUACUACAACGGAGUCAUAAAGACUCGGAAGACGGGCACGGAGGAGGCCGUGCCUGCGAGAAGCCAGAGCUGAGCGCGACUCUACGCGCUCUGUCAACAGGCGAGGCCAACCAGCAGGCGGCGCAGGCCAUGCACUGCCCUGUCGCCUGAGGACCUGACGGAGUCAGAAUGGUUCUAUCUCAUGUGCGUCUCCUUCUCCUUCCCUCAUGGGGUUGGGUUACCAGGUAGGGCUUUUGAGAGGCGACGGCCAGUUUGGCUCACGCAUGCAGAUGAGUCUGACAGCAAAGUUUUCUCAAGGGCCAUUCUAGCAAAGAGCGCUUGCAUUCAGACGGUGGUGUGCAUUCCCCUCGUGCACGGGGUUCUUGAACUUGGCACUACAGAGAAUGUUGAAGAAGAUAUGGAACUGAUCCAGCUCGCCAAGAGUUUCUUCACAUAUCAACAUGAUCAUCGUCCAAGGCCUGCUCUAUCAGAGCACUCCGCCUCGAACUCCAUGGCACAGAAUUCAGAUCAACACAUGUUCCAUCUUCAACCAACACCACCAAUACCCCAACCGGAAACUUUAGACCCUCAUGAACUCAAUCAUGAAAAUGAAAAUGAUGGCGAUACCGAUGGUGACAGUGUUUAUGAAGAUGAUGAUGUAGAAGUAGGAAUAGAUACAGAAUCACAAAAUGAGAUGUCAGAGGGUUUACAGCUUGGUUCCCUAGAUGAUUGCUCAAACAGUUUGGAUGCAGAAAUACAAAUACUGAUGGCAGGUAAUACAAGCAGCAGCCAAUCUGACCAUCUACAUCCCCAGUACAACUCCAACAGAGCAUGGCAUCCCGUACAUGAAGAAUUAUGCAGUGGGUUUCCAAAAUCAUCAGUAUCAGCAGAAGAUGCCCAUUACUCAGAAACAGUUUCAGUAAUCCUCAAUAGCAACUUAAGACGGAGUGAGCAAAACACCCUUACUCAAUUGGCUCAGUCUCGUAGAUCAAUAUUUUCUACUUGGAGUUACGAAGAUCAUAUCCUUAAUCCAAUUUCAUAUGAAGGCACUUCACAAUGGCUGCUAAAAAAUAUCUUAUUUCGUGUCCCUAAUCUCCAUUUCAAGGACAAAAUUGGAAACUCGCCCAGGGUAGAAGUGGGAGAAGGAGGGAACAGAUUCCGUAAAGGUACACCGCAGGAGGAACUAAGUGCUAAUCAUGUGCUUGCAGAACGUAGAAGAAGAGAGAAGCUGAAUGAGAGGUUCAUUAUCCUUCGUUCAUUAGUUCCAUUUGUGACUAAGGUGGAUAAGGCUUCAAUCUUAGGCGAUACUAUUGAGUAUGUAAAACAGCUAAAACGGCGAAUACAAGAACUUGAAUCACGAAACAAGAUUACUGAGAGUGAUCAGAAGUGCAAGGCAAGAGUUCAUAACACAAGGAAGCUUAGAGUGGUGGAACACAGAAAAUUAACAGAAAGUAAGUCAAGUACUAUAACAGUGGAGGCCCUUAGUUCAAGUGUGCAGGUUUCCAUAAUCGACAACAAUGCCCUUAUAGAGUUGCAAUGCCCUUAUAGAGAGAGACUCCUGAUGCACAUAAUGCAGACGUUAGAUCAACUCAAGUUAGAGAUUACUUCCAUUAAGUCUUCUUCCGUUAAUGGAAUGCUCAGUGCACAACUACAGGCAAAGGUGAAGGACAUUGACAAGAAGAAGGCCAGCCUUGUUGAAGUAGAAAAGGCCAUUUACCAGGUCUUCUCUCAAUAGCGCAUACUAGCUACGAAAUAAUCAAGGAAUGAAAGCCAAAAAAAAAUCCCAGGAUACAUAACCAAGCUUUAAUCAACUUGUAGCAAAACUUACCUUAAAAUCUUACGGUAAUA